GAGGCAGGCACUUUGAAGAAUACACGCUGGUUCUGUCCUCGAUUGUUGGACUUACACCUCCAGUACUUAGGAACAGCGAUUUUCACGAUGCCUAUUUUAACAGCGUUGACUCUUGGUGCAGUUCUUUUCUUUAAUGGGUGGGCAGUAACUAAUUUUUUUCAUGAUGAAGGAAAAAUGAAAGUGAAAACGUGUUCAGAUACUCCUACGAUCGGCGGGAGCAGGAACCACACGCGGCGUAGCGCAGAUGGCGACAUGCCCCCGCCGCCGUUCGAGCCGCACGCCCACCCCAACUGGCAGCUGUUCGAGCACGAGCAGUGCGGCGCCGUGGCGACGGACAGGACCGCCUAUGGGGAUGAGGUGGCCUUGGGGGACUUCAGAUGGGUUGCCAGGAUAGGCUACAUAAGUGACGAGGAGAACAUUCCCAAGUUCGGAUGUGGAGCAGUUCUUGUGAGCAAGUACUAUCUUGUCACGGCAGCACAUUGCGUCAUCAACCUCCCCAACAAGCUGAAAAUAGGCGUGGUGCGGCUGGGCGAGCACGACUCCAGCACGGACCCCGACUGCCAGGGAGGCUUCUGCAGCGACCCGGUGAUGGACUACCGGGUCGCCGAGGUCGUGGCGCACCCCGCGUACGGCCGCUACAAGAACGACAUAGCGCUCAUCCGCACUGACCGCGAGGUCGAGUUCACAAAAUGGAUUAAACCGAUAUGCGUAAUCGCUGGACCGCUGAUGAACAAGAGCUUUAUCGGAGACCAUCCUGACGUAGCGGGAUGGGGAGUGUACGGCCUUGACAAACCGGAGCGGAGCGUGCGCAUGCAGAAGUCACGGCUGCAGGUGGUGGAGAGCGGGCAGUGCGAGCCCACGUACCGGCGGCUCGUCCGACUCGACGACACGCAGAUGUGCGCGGGCGGCACCGUCUGCGUGGGCGACUCCGGGGGACCGCUCAUGCUGCUCGACGGCAGCCGCUACUUCCUCGUGGGCGUGCAGUCACUGAGCUCCAGUCGCUGCGGCUCCUCCGGCAAGCCCGGCGUCUACACGCGCGCCUCGGCCUUCAUGCAGUGGAUCAUGGAGCACAUGCAUCCGUGACACCUCCUCCAGCUUGCAGCAUGGCCAUGCCAUUUGUUGGGGUCCUCUCCUUUAACGAAUGCAAACUUUCAAUAAUAAAGAAUAACACAUUCU